AUGUCAGAAAUGAUCAAACGAUUGGAAGAAAAGGCAGUAUUUGUGCGACAGUUAGAGAGCAGUGAAAUCCCAUAUCAUUCACAAUAUCUGAUCACAUCUGCAAAGCCUAUGACUGAAGCCAUUAAGAAAUAUAUACCAAACCCGAGACUCCGGUCCCGGAAAUGGGUGUCCACUUCACUCAUGUCUACCGAUCCCAGCGAUGAGGCCUUGAAAUACGCUUCGGCCGAGUAUUUCGUAUACAAUCUCAUGAAUCCCGUGCUCUUCAUAGACAAACUCAAAGACCUGCCGACAGAUGCUAUUAUACUAGAGUUGAGUCCGCACUCUAUAUUCCCUAAAGUAGUGUCCGAAACGCUGGACAACUCAACGUACGUAUCAUUAAUCAAGAAAAACGCAAACGACACUAAUUUGGACACAUUUAUGGCUGGAUUGGCCACUCUAUACGAGUCGGGCGUCAAUCUGUCCAUUGAAAAGCUAUACCCAUUGGUUGAGUGGCCGGUCGCCCGAAACACACAGUCCAUCAGUUCGCUCAUGCGUUGGGAUCACAGCCGCAAGUUUGAGAUUAAACUCUAUCCGCAAAAAUACUGUCGACUCACAGCCGGUGACUAUAAUUUCCCGGUCGACCCGUCAAUACAUCAAGACAAACUCAAAGACCUGCCCACAGAUGCUAUUAUACUAGAGUUGAGUCCGCACUCUAUAUUCCCUAAAGUGGUGUCCGAAACGCUGGACAAAUCAACGUACGUAUCAUUAAUCAAGAAAAACGCAAACGACACUAAUUUGGACACAUUCAUGGCUGGAUUGGCCACUCUAUACGAGUCGGGCGUCAAUCUGUCCAUUGAAAAGCUAUACCCAGUGGUUGAGUGGCCGGUCGCCCGAAACACACAGUCCAUCACUGAGUGUCGGCCACUGAUAUUAAAGGGCCAGCUGGGCAGUUAUGUAGUUCCAGUGCAUAAGAUGGUUGAUCACGUCAUUGAUGGCAACGCCCUCUUCCCGGCCACCGGCUAUUUAAUGCUCGCGUGGCGUAAACUGGCCACCAGUCGGGGUAAGCCGUGGUAUCAGUUGCCCGUUAUUUUUGAGAACGUUCAGCUCAAACGCGCCGUAUUCUUGAAUGAUGUCAACAAAACUAACCUCAGAGUCAAAUAUUUUCCCAACACUGACGAGUUCUUUGUGUUAGAGAACGAUAACGUGUGUGUUGUGGGCAAAGUGCGCACUCCGGACGACGAGGUCUUACUCACGCCUAACGCUAUAUUUGAGAGACAGAAACUGAUGGCCAUGCGCACUCCGGACGACGAGGUCUUACUCACGCCUAACGCUAUAUUUGAGAGACAGAAACUGAUGGCCAGUACUCAGUACUCACUCGACAGGAAAGAUAUCUAUAAGGAUUUGGGAGUUCUGGGCCUCGACUACGGACCACACUUUCAGCGCCUCCGACGCAUUCAGACCAACGAUUUCCGCAAUAUUUAUGGCAUCAAUGAAUGGGACGGAAAUUUUGUCACUUAUUUGGACGCAAUGUUGCAGUCGAUCGCAUUCACCAUUCCGUUCCGUAAAAUAAUGAUUCCAAUGAUGAUUCGGGCCAUACGUGUAGACCCGCGUGUGUUCUUCGAGAACGUCCAUCGAAACCGAAAUGUAGAGCAAAAACAUAUAGAGGAUAUGGAUGUCGAGCAGUCGUUUGCGGCGAACGUCGCGCCGGUGAUCGGAGGUGAAGCGGUUGAUGCCGCUCUGGUCAUGAAGAUGGACGCGAAGACACUCAACGACGUCAAACAGAUAUACGGGGAAGAGAUGACCAAAAAGAGAGAGCGCUUCUCAGUCUUCUCGGCUGAUAUGCCGUUUCAUUUCAACGCAAAGUCCAAACGACUGGUCGCUCACGGCUUAGAAAUGGAGGACGUGAUUGGCUUCCCUAUACCCAGACGUACGGACGGCACGGAUCUGGUGUUAGACACGUAUCAGUUUUUUCCCAAUGAAGAUCUCGAAGCCGUUGACCCAAUUGAUAAACGGGUGGCGAAUGAGUACAUUGAGGUGUGUAAAGCAAUGGCCGCUAAGAUUAAACAAAUUGGAUAUAAAGACAUUAAAUGCGAUUUUGAUUACCAAAACAUUAGCGAUGAUGUGAUACAAGAGUAUAGGACAACAAACAACGAAAAUCAUGUAUUGUUUCGUAUAUUUGAUAAAAUACUGACAGAAGUUGUCGACGAAAACAAGGAUUUGAAAAACAGUAAAGAAGUAAUGAAAGUAUUGAAGGAUAUAGAAAGCGGUGCCGAAUAUGAUCUCAAUAAAGAUCUGAUUAAUCAGAUCCAGAAGAAUGAGCACAUGAUUAGAACUAUGGUUGAUAUCGUGUGCGAAAACUUUGUGUCAAUCAAAGAGAUGAAAGUGACAGAAAUUAAUCUCUCGUCCGGUGUUUUGGCCAAAGAAGUGGAUCACAUUAUGUCACUCUUCCGUAUUAUUCCAUACGAUGUCGACUAUAAACUUAAUGGGACCCGAAANGAAAUUAAUCUCUCGUCCGGUGUUUUGGCCAAAGAAGUGGAUCACAUUAUGUCACUCUUCCGUAUUAUUCCAUACGAUGUCGACUAUAAACUUCAAAAGUUGAUUGCCGCAAAAGAGGCGGACAAUCAAACCGAUAACGUAUGGCUUAUAGCCGACGACUUGGGUAUUAAUGGAAUCGUAGGGUUAGUCAAUAGUAUGCGAUUAGAACCGGGCGGAGAAAACUUCAGAUAUAUAUUCAAUAUGGACUCCAAUAGUGAGACAAACAUUGACUUCACUACUAAACCCUAUUCUGAUAUAUUGGCCAAUGAUUUGGUCGCGAAUGUUAUCAAAGGGGGAAAACUUGGAAGUUAUAGACACAUAAAACUACCCAAAGAUAGUGAUAAAGUCGUUUCCAACGAGUAUUAUCUAAAUUUGGGUCAAACCCGAGAUCUCGCAGGUCUUCAAUGGUAUGAUUUGAGAUCUCUUUCACCAAAACGAGAAACAUAUGAUUUCAACGGACAGAAAGUGACCAAAAAUAAAAUAAACAUUUAUAGCACCGGACUGUCGUUCCACGACGUUAUGUUGGCUACAGGUCGUAUCCCAUCGGGUCCUGAGGUUGUAUUCAUGGACUGUACAAUUGGUAAUGAAUUUGCCGGUCGUUUGGCCGAAACGGGUGAAAGGGUUAUGGGUAUGGAAUCGGGCCGUUGUUUCGCAACAUCGAUAUACGCAGCGACUCAUACUUACGCUAAAAUCCCUGACCACUGGUCUAUGAACGAUGCCGUCUCUAUAUUGAGUACUUAUAGUACAGCUUAUUAUGGAUUGAUUAAAGCCGGAAGACUUAGGAAAGGUGAAAGCAUUUUGAUACACUCGGCGGCCGGAGGUGUGGGGCAGUCGGCUAUCAAUAUCUGUAAACACUAUGAAUGCGAUAUAUAUGUGACGGUCGGUAACGACGAGAAGAAACAGUUUUUGAUAAAUGAAUACAAUAUACCGGAGAAUAAGAUAUUCAACUCAAGAGAUAUACUCUUCAAGAAUCAGAUAAUGGAAGCGACGGAAGGAAAGGGAGUCGACGUUGUGUUGAAUUCAUUAACUGGA